AGUGGCCCUGGCAUCAUGGCCCAGCAGUCCCUUCACAUGGGGAAAACACUCCUCCCACCCGCCCCCGAGGACAGGAGCUCAAGGGUCCGGUUUGGUGUCUCCUACGGGAAGAGAGUGGGGGGCGGGGAAUAGGACCCAUUGACACAUCAGCCAAGGUCAUGGGGAGGGCAAAGCUCUGGAGCAGGUGCCAGGCCUCCCACCACAAAUCCUUGCGAAAGCCAGCGGUUUGAUUCCAGCCCUCCCUCCUCUGCAGGGAGAGUUAUUAGGAGGGACGAGGUCGGGACAAACCAGUAGGAAUUAGCAUUGGAAAGCUGACAGAACUCGGCUCCCCUGGGGGGCAGCAGGAAUCCACUCCGCAUCUCUCUCAGCUUCCCCAUCCCUGGGGCAGGGCUGAGUGGGGAAACUAGGCAGCCAGGGCGUCCUCUGAGAUUUGAGGAGCCGGGCCCCCAGGAGCUCUCCCGAGGCCUCAAGGACUAGACGCCAGCCAUUGGCACGCAGGCUCAACAUGGCGGCCACCGCGUUCUUACUGCCCUGGGCAUGCUUGCUGAGCCUGGCCCUGGUGGCUCGAAGCACGGCAGACGGGGGCCCCGUUCUCUGGAACCGCCCCUUUGUCACGGUGUGGAACGCCCCGAGCCAGGAGUGCAGCACAAAAUACCAUGUGCCCCUUGACCUGGGGGUCUUUGACGUGGUGCUGAACCGCAAUGAGUCUUUCCUGGGCCAGGAGAUCGCCCUCUUCUACAGCAACACACUGGGCCUCUAUCCACACUACACCCCGGAGGGGACGGCAGCCCAUGGGGGCAUCCCCCAGAAUGGCAGCCUCCUGGCCCACCUCGGCAAGGCGAGGCACGACAUCCAGGCCGCCAUAUCGGAGCCAAGCUUCCGGGGCCUGGCAGUGAUCGACUGGGAGAGCUGGCGCCCCGUGUGGGCUCGGAACUGGGAUGCCAUGGAGCUCUAUAAGGAGAAGUCCCAAGAGCUGGUCCGGGAGCAGCACCUCGACUGGCCCCCAGACAGGGUGGCCGAGGAAGCUCAGGAGGAAUUUGAGCAAAGCGCCCGGGCCUUCAUGGAGCAGACCCUGGCGCUUGGCAAGAGCCUGAGGCCUGGGGGCUUCUGGGGUUUCUAUGGCUUCCCCAGCUGCUAUAACUAUGAUUUCAAAGCGGCCAACUACACAGGGGAGUGUCCCGCCGUGGAGCAGCGGCGGAACGAGCAGCUCUGGUGGCUCUGGAACCAAAGCCGGGCGCUCUACCCCAGCAUCUACCUGCCCAAGGAGCUCCGGCUGACAGACCAGGUUGGCAAGUUUGUCCGGCACCGUGUGGCCGAGGCAUUCCGGGUGCAGGGGCAGAUGGGGACCGGCAGCCUCUCAGUCCUACCUUACGCCCGUAUCCAGUACGACUUCACGGAGGACUUCCUCUCACAGGAGGAUUUGGUCCACACCAUUGGGGAAAGUGCUUCUCAAGGUGCCUCGGGGAUUGUGCUGUGGGGCAACGAGGAUUACACUCGCUCACGGGAGUCCUGCCUGGCACUGAAGGAGUAUGUGGACAGCAGCCUGGGCCACUACAUCAUGAAUGUGACCAGCAGCGCCACACUGUGCAGUGUCACGGUGUGCUCCAGCCAUGGGCGCUGUGUGCGGCGAGCCGGGCGAGCCGGGCACCCCGGCGCGUUCCUGCACCUCAGCCCCUCCAGCUUCACCGUCCAGAGGCACCACAGCCGGCCCCACCUCCACCUGCAGGGACAGCUGGCAAAGCAGGAGCAAGCCAAGCUGGUGGAAGAAUUCAGCUGCCAAUGCUACACUGGCUGGGCAGGGACCCAGUGUGAACAUGAGGGCAACCCAGAGUGAGAACCUCAGCAGAGACACCCUGAUAUGCACCCCACAUGGCCCCAUACACCCCAUCCCUGACAUACCCACACCCCAUAUAUACUCCCCACAUGGCCCCAUAGACCCCACAUAUACAUCCCCCACAUGGCCCCAUGCAUCCCACGUGGCCCCAUACACCCCACCCCUGACAUACCCACACCUACUCCCCACAUGGCCCCAUGCACCCUACAUUCCCCCAUACACCCCACUCCUGACACACCCACAGCCCACAUAUACACCCCCACAUGGCCCCAUGCACCCUACAUGGCCCCAUACACCCCACAUAUACAUCCUCCACAUGGCCCCAUGCAUCCCACAUGGCUCCAUACACCCCACUCCUGACAUACCCACACCCCACAUAUACACCCCCACGUGGGCUCACGCACCUUAUGUAGCCCCUUACAUCCAACCCCUGAAACACUCCCCACAUGGCCCCCAUGUACCCUACCCCAAAACACCCCCCCCCUCGCAUGGCCCCAUUGCACCCACGUGGCCCCCUCACCCUGAAACACACCCGAACACCAAUAUGGACACAAUCUGGGAUACAGUUCAAGCCUUUCUGUCAUGUACCCCUCACAUAGUAUAACUCUGUACUUUAUAACAGGAAACAUGCAUGAUAUGUGGAACCCCAUCAUAAACUGACAUGUAAGUGUCAGAUACAUCCUAUGCUAAAAACCACCUCACAGAGAGGUGCAUACCACUUAUAGUGAUCUCUGUCAUGUCCACAACGGAGAGAGAUUCGUACCUCAUGGCCCAAAAUGUGCGCUGUAACUAGCAGCAUGCAAGGGCUACAACGGUGUAAGCCUCCUACACUGAACCAUUCAGUGUGGGGCUGUUAAACACCCCCCCCAUGGCCCAUGCACCCUACGUGGCCCAUACACCCCACCCCGGGAACACACCACCCCUGGAACACAUCAUUCCAAAAUAAAAAGAAAUCACAAGCUAGAGCCAUGCAAAGAAUUCACAUGCCAACCUCAAGAGCAGGGGCGGCUCUAGCCAUUUUGCCGCCCUAAGCACAGCGGCAUGCCUGCGGGAGGUCCACUGGAGCUGCCCGCCACCCUCCCGGUGACUGGCAGAGCGCCCCCUGCGGCAUGCCGCCCCAAGCACGUGCUUGGCGUGCUGGGGCCUGGAGCCACCCCUGCUCAAGAGCUGAUUCACACAUGCAGAGCACCCGGCACUGCCACCCAAUCAAAUGGCUUUUUAUUUGUACAA